AAUAGUUGUAUUUGAAUUCUGUAGUACAGCAUUAACCAUGAGGUUAAAUUGAGAUAUGUUAUUUCGGCUUUGAAUGCGUUAAUUUUAAACGUUUCGUCGAAAAAUCCUUAAGCUUUCUCUUUUUCUUGUACUUCUGUUAGAAUAGAAACCACUAUUUCUUAUCCUUCUAAAAUAAGCCCAGAAUUAUGAUAUAUGAAACUAACUAUUUAACGACAAGCCAAUACCCGAACUACUUCGAUCCUUACUGGCAGCAUCCAUAUCCGCAUAAAAUAUCAUUCCAUACUAUGGAUAAUGUAAAGCUAAGGGAAUCUUUUGUGCAUCCAGUUAGCGGGAAGCAUAGAUAUGAACACCCAAUUAUGAGACGAAAAUUUGAAUCAAGAGGCAAUAGUCGAUAUAAUGACAGGCAUUACUAUGGCGAAGGUAGCCCCUACUUGUUUUCUGAGGAGGAAGCUGAGGAAGGUGAAUAUGACCCACAUUCAUCCAACCAUUAUGGCAGCAGAAAGUUUUAUCACAGUGAUCAGUAUCCAGAAAUGACAAGAUUAGCUUCAAUUCCUCAUAUAAGGCAAACCCGAGAAAUGCAACAAGUUUCGCGGCUUCACCAUAAAAGUAAAGAUGAUGCAGUGCCUUGGCCACAAUCUGCCGUAUAUGUCACCCAACCCAUGAUGCUAGUUGAUCCCGUGCUGACACAACCACAUUACCAGCAACAUCAACAGCAAAUUUUAGGCAUUUGUACAACAGAUCUCAUGCCUGGACGGCUGCUUUCUCCUCCCCAAAUGCCCAUGACAGCGGCUAGCCCCUUGAGCAAGCCAGGCAACAACAACUUGGUAGUACCUCCGAUUUCUCAUUUGCAAAAUGUUUCCGUUAUACACCCACUUCAUUCUGCACAUCAUAUCCAGAAUCAGCCCUGCUUUCUAAAUAUGACGUCCAACCAACCAACUUCUUUCCCAGCAUUUCCACAGCAAUUUUUCACUUCGCCAUCAUUGAACCUACUACAGCAACCACAGCAGGAACUCACACUGCCUUCUGCGUUUCUGAAUCCUACUAAUUUCCUCGGUCUGCCACAAGCAUCCGUCAUAGAAAAAAAAACUGAUAACUCAAGCAAACCUAAUACCAGCAACGAGCAGACACCCGUCGAAGGGCUACAUUCUUCCACUUCUCCAUCAGCGUUCCGUGAUGGAAAAUAUUCUCUCUUCAAUGUCUCUUUUACAGCCUGGCCAUUCGUCAAACCACAACAAUUACGUAGGCUAUCAGGAGGAUAUAUCACGGGAACAGCUUCCAACAAAAGUUGCUGCUACUGCAUCAACUUCAUGUAUUGAAAAUAGUUCAGGCAAUGAUGAUAUCAGCAAGGCUGCUACCUUCUCGCCUACGUCGAAUCCUUCUUUUACUACGUCCGAAAAUGUUGCUCCCUUGAGUGAGAGCAGUGCCAAUUUGAAUC